AUGCCGCUCUCCCCGCCCCCGCCGCCCAAGAAGCGGGACAGGACCACCAACCACGCCGCCAGCACCCUGCACACCACCAGACCCGCCAAGAAGGAGAAGCCCGCCCCAGUCACCAUCGUCUACAGGGGCACCCCAGACGACCACCCCUUCCCCAACCCCAGCACCACCGCCCUCGCCCCACAGACGGCCAUCAACCGCGGCCACGGCUGCAUGGCCAUCGACGUCGCCCCCCCCUCGACCGUCGCCCCGAGCUACAGCCUGUCCCACGCCACCGAAGCCAGCCUCAUGAAGCGCAAACACAACCGUCUGCGCGACCUCUGCCGCGAACGCGCCCUGCUCGACCCCGCCCGCGAACUCACCAAGCGGGAGAUGGUCAUCGCCCUGCUCUCAUGGCGUGAGGCCAACCUGGGCCAGCGAUCCUCCGGAUUCUCAGAAACCGACGACUCCAUGACCAGCCCAGCCUCCGGCUACGACACCGACGACCACGACCACGACCGAUCCGACCCGGCCAUCCACGAGCGAUCCUUCGACGACGCCAUCGACCCCCAGCUCUUCUCCCCCGAGCUCAACCCCGGCAUCUACAACCUGCGCCCCCGCAACCCGCCCUCGCCCACCAAGCACAUCCCCCCGCCAGGCCACCCGCAGCUCGCCCAGCCCCGCACCCGGAUGGCCAUACCCAGCCCAUUCAACAACCCGCCUGCCAAGAAGACCCCCCCGGCCCCAGCCGAGGAGCCCGCGCCGGUCAUGUCCCACCCCCCGAUGAUCCCCCUGCUCGACGACCCCGCCCGCAGCCGGAAGCCCGGCUCGAUCAGACUCGUCGGCACCAAGGUGCCCUCGAUCGGCCCGAUCGGCAAGAUGAGCAUGUCCUCCAUCAACCUCACCGGCGCCGGGCCCAUGGCCUCUACCCCCCCCGCCACCGCUAUCCCCCCCGCCACCGUCGUCAUGAAGUCCUCCUCCCCCCCCUCGCCCCCCGCCUCGACGGAGCCCGAGGAGGACCACUCCCCAUCCCACAGGCCCCGCCCUUCCCCCCCUGAAGACCUCGACGUGCUCCUCGACCUGGAAGACCUGAAGCUGUCCGACAAGGAGAUCCCGCCAGAGAAACUCACCCGGGAACACAAGGUCGGCAGCGGCAGCUUCAAGGACGUCUAUAUGGGCAGAUACCGCAACUUCAGGGUGGCGAUCUGCGACCUGCGGGGCCGGCUGACGGACAUGGACAUCAAAGAGCUCGGCCUCUUGCGCGACCUCAGACAUCCGAACAUCGUCCGCUUCAUCGGCGUCUCGAUCGGCGGAGCUAUACCCUGUACCAUCGUCACCGAACUGUGCAGGAACGGCGACUUAUACGACUAUAUCCGCAAGAUCCCGUGUCCGUCUUACGUCCAGAUCUUAGGCUUGAUGUUGGACGCCGCCCGCGGGGUGGAGUAUCUCCAUCUGCGCACACCCUCGAUCAUCCAUCGGGACCUCAAGAGUCCCAACGUCUUGAUCACCGCCAACGGCAGCGCCAAGAUCACCGACUUCGGCCUCGCCCGGGUCAAGCGCGACGUCAUGUCGAUGUGUGCCACCACGUGUGGCACGCUUAAUUGGCAGGCCCCAGAGCUCUGGGUCGCCCAUCCCUCGUACAACCACAGCAUCGAUGUCUAUGCGCUUGGGCUGGUCUUUUGGGAGGUCUUGUGUUGGCCGUUCAAGGAGAAAACGUACCCGUUCCAAGGGAUGAACGAGCAUGCGAUCUUCGAGGAGGUCGGCAAGAACCGGCUCCGGCCCUCCACUAGCUCCGUCCGCCGUAAAUGGGGCCGCGAGAUCGUCGCGCUCAUCGACCGGAUGUGGGAUAACUCGUCCGACGCCCGCCCGGCUAUGCCCGAGGUCGUCCGCCUGCUCAAUGCUAUGGCUCUUCAGGAACGCGAGAAGGCUUGGGCGGCCAGCAAGAACCAAGCAUCUGCUCUCGCAUGA